AUGCACAUGAACGACAGCAGUAAGUACGUGAAUCUUAGCUUCGAGAAAGAAGAAACAGUAGAUGAACCGUCCAGAAAGAAUCCAGAAGAAAGAGCGUUUGGUGGCAUUCAGUCGAAGUCUCCACGGGAUGUCUAUACGACUGUCAACAAGAAAUCAGCUAGAGGGGGUUCACGUGACCGUGACCUAAAGCGUGAAGUCCCCCAAGAGACGGAUGAUGAGGACCACAAUGCCAUUGCCCUGGUUGUACAGGUUGAAGACACACCAGAUGUCCCUGGCAGGAACUACUACAACACUUACGAUGCUGGACACCGCCAAGUGAUUCCGUUGUCCCAGCCUCAGAUAGACGAGCAAAUGAAAUCAGCAGUAGAAGAAUUUUAUCGACUACCGGAGGGUUUCGUCCACUCCUAUAGCGAAUCUCAACAUCCUAGAAACAAAGGAAAAAACAGGUUCAAAGGAUAUUACCCAUAUGACUACAACCGUGUGGUGUUGCACGACGGCAGUGAGAGCACAAGAGGAGACUACAUCAACGCCAGCUACAUUGACGGUUAUAAAGCAGAGAAACGUUACAUCGCAGCACAAGGUCCCUACAGACCAGAAGUCGUGGUGGAUUUCUGGAGGAUGAUCUACCAGGAGCAUUGUGCAACAGUUGUCAUGUUGACGGAGCUUGUUGAGACAGGGAAGAUGAAGUGUCUUCAGUACUGGCCUAAGCAAGGCUCCCUCCAAUUUGGUGACAUUACAGUUACCAUGGAGACAGAAGCACGCCUCGCAAACUACAAAAUCACCAGAUUGUCCCUUCAGAAUGAAAAGGAAGCCAAGGUCCGACAUCUCAACCACUUUCAAUUCAAGGGCUGGCCAGAUAAUGACGCACCAGACACUUCCGCCUUUCUGGAGUUUAUGUGGAGAGUCAAGGGCACUUCCGGCGGGCUAGAACACCCGAUCGUUAUUCAUUGCAGUGCUGGUGUUGGACGGACAGGGACGUAUAUAGCUAUAGAGAGUCUCGUGGAUCAGGCAGCGGUAGAAGGCAAAGCUGACGUCGUCAGCUUCAUUUCCAGCAUGAGAGGCCAAAGGAAGAACAUGAUACAGAAUAAGGAGCAGUACAUGUUCCUGCACCAGGUCGUGGACAUGGCGGUGUCAGAGGGGACACCUCAUUGGACUCGGACAUGAUCAUACAGACUGAUCUCAGUCACGUGUCUGAGGUUACCAUGGGCAACAAGAAUGUACAGCAACAUCUUGAGGUGGGUCAACUCCAGAACAUUUUCUUGUUUGUAUAUUGUUUAUUAUUGUUUAACGCCGCACUC